GCUCUUGCUCUUGCUCUGGCUCGUAUCCUUGAUUUAUUUAAUCUCCGAUUCUCCACUGUAUAUGUAUUUGUAGUAAUCGAGGAGAGCGAUUUAUGAAGUUGAUCAGUGUGCUCGAUCGAGAGACGCGACUGCACAGAUCUACCGGAUUGAAUGUGGAGUCAACUAGAGGCGGAGGCGGUUUCAGCGUCGAGGAAUAGUUAGGUCGUUGCUUACUACAUCACCGGCAAUGGCUUCGGCUGCGCUACUCGCGUUAUCGAGGCCACGAGGUACACGUGGCCUCCUUCGCCCCUUAGUUUGUUUUUACUCCUGCAAUGCAGUCGCCUGGGUUGUUCAUUCGAAAGGAAUUGUUGGACUGUGGGGCUGUCCAGACAGAUGCAAUAACAGUGGAUCGCUUGGCAUCCUUGGAGUAGAUCGCUUGGGAUUUCAUCUAUGCAGAGUAUGCCAUGGAUGCUGGUCAUCACCACCGUUCGAUAGUUUGGCAGGAAAAGUUGGUUACGGAACCGUUAUGAAGCAUUGGCAUACAGAGUAUCCUUUGUUUUUGUCCGAAAGAGAUUAUUUUAACGAAGAACCAUAUUUAAGGAAUAUGCUUGAGUGCCAUUACUGUUACAGUGCGUGUGGCGGAACAGUUUGUCCAUGCGCCGGAGAAAUCCAGGUGCUGGAGGGUAGCAGCCCGCUGAGCAUUGAGGUUAGCCAAAAUUUCUAA